CAAUGUUUUGGGUACGAAAUGUUAGAAAAUGGUAUUUAAAAUACUUUCGGUAUAUUGGAAUCAACAUAUGUGUUCUUGAAUAUUAAAUUUUUAUCAUACGGUGUGGAUUGACAUAACCAGCGUGCUUCUCCACUAUAUCAUUGGCAAUUUACUGCACAAGAGAACGUUGGCGCCACUUCGAAGUGAACGCCUUCGACGAACGAUUAUGCUGCAUCGGAUGGAAGAAGAUGAUACACCAGCUCUCACACGAAGUUGAUUCUACGCGCCCUAAACCGUGUAACAUACGCAAACAUUUACCUUCGGUCGAAUAUGGCGGAAUGUUAAAGCGUUGCCGAUCUCCUAGAAUUUGUUCCCACGAUGGCGCCAUAGUAACGCGUUCGCACGGUAAGCGGACGGACGCAAACGUAAAUCCAGCCAGGCAUAAUCGUAUCCCUGCCGGCCGUCUGAAGUGGUGCUGAACGGCAGCACCGAACGUAAAAUUCAAAACGCUUUCAUAACCUUCGAGGACCUGCAAAUCCGGGAAAUUAUCGAAUACGACGUGGCAGGCAAUCACCCAGCGUUACUCGGCAACGUAAGUGCGAGUAUUGGCUAGUGACACUAUCCCCAUGUUGACCAUCUUGGGGUUCGUCUUGGUGGCAGCUGGACUAAAUCAGGCUACAAUCCGCACCGGACACGUAACCUGGGAUUCAACUAAUGGCCGCUUCGAAUUCAACGGAGGAAGGCCGAUCAAGGAAACGCUUGCGACAGGAACAUUCGACGAUAGCAUCACAGAGACAGGUUGGGGAUUCCUCGAGAUUCACACGAAUUCGCUUAAUGGAGCUUACCUUGACUACCAUCAGGCGUACGCUGCAGGCCUUCUGGAGGCUCGACUUACAAAAGACCUAAUUGAAAAGCAAUGGCGAAAUGAGUAUCAGGAUUACUGUGACAGAAACGCCGUCUACUGUGAAAAGCUUCAUCUCUUCCUUCAGACUAAUUUAGCUUACAUGCUCGAGAUGGUAGAAAAAUACAGCUUUACCGUUCCCUAUUGGCACCAGGUUGGUCUGGUUUUAGUUCAACUCGCGGGUAUUGAAUCGGGGAUUCGUAUGGAAGAUUACUAUGUCUACGUCGGUGAAAACCUGACCCCUAAUAUCUCUAAUAUCAUGCAAAUGAAUCUUCACGGUGAUCUUUGCGAUCUUGAAAAGAAACUGGGCAAGCUGAAGGAAGAGGCGCCUGGUGCAAAAUCGUCUUGCUCUGCUCUGAUCGCUUUAACAGAAGGAGACCGUGACCUCCUCGCCGGCCAUAACACCUGGACGGGCUAUAACGCCAUGCUACGUAUACAGAAGAGGUUUACAUUUCAGUACCACAAAACGUUCGAUAGCAACGAGUCAGUUCCUGGAAAUGGCGCAGCAUUCUCAUCAUAUCCUGGUCGAUUGAUCUCUGGAGAUGAUUUCUAUGUCCUGUCUAGUGGGCUGGUUGUGACCGAGACAACCAUUGAGAACAACAACAAACACCUCUAUUCCUAUACUACGCCGCGUGGAACCGUUCCAUCGUGGAUUCGAAAUAUCGUUGCCAACCGUCUGGCCGCCUCUUGUGAGGAAUGGGUCGAACUAUACGCAUACAACAACUCCGGAACAUACAACAAUCAGUGGAUGAUACUCAAUUAUAAUUUAUUCAGAAGUGGAGAACCGCUACCAGAAGGAGCAUUCUACGUUCUUGAACAGAUGCCGGGCUAUGUUCAACGCCGGGACAUGUCAUGGUUCCUGCAGAAAUACAGGUUCUGGCCAAGCUACAAUAUUGCGUACUUCCCGGAUAUUUUCAACAUCAGCGGCCAAUGGGAUUUAGUAAAGAAGUACGGUGACUGGUAUACCUACGACAAGACUGCGCGGGCUCUUAUCUUCCAGCGCGAUCACGGCAAAGCUGUUAGCGUUGAGGGACUCCGCCGUCUUCUCAGGUACAACGAUUACAAAAACGAUCCACUUUCAAAAUGCAAUUGUACCCCUCCGUACUCGGCCGAAAACACAGUUGCUGCAAGAGGUGAUCUCAACCCCGCCAACGGAACAUACCCCUUCCCCGCUCUUGGACACCGGCCGCGUGGGGCUAUUGACGUCAAGGUGACCAACUCGACAAUGGUCCGAGAAUUUGCGAUGUUAAUCCAGUGUGGUCCGACCAACGACCAACAGCCGACAUUUAGCUGGAGGCAGUCUGAUUUUAAUCAGGUCAUUCGACAUGAGGGACAGCCUGAUGUCUUCAAUUUCCCGCCUGUUCUUAGCCGAUGGAUGAAGCCUAGCUUUGACUAGUAGCUAUUUUUUUUUUUCAAAUGAAGAUGAAAAAGUGCAAACGGGUACGCUAUACUAAUUUAAUGUCUUUGCAAAUUUUGAUAGCUUUAAUUGAUCAGGGGUUCUAAGUUCGAAAGGCUUUCCACACGAGGAAAUGCGGGACUUCUAAAUUUUUGGCAAAAAUUAAAUUGUUUUGCUAUUUUUUUUUAAAUUUCUAUAAAAAGAGAUAAACAUAUAAUUAGUCAUCUAUUCUAGGAUUACUAGAUAAAAAAUAAAUGGACUCAGGAAAUAUGUUGUACUUAUUAUUCAGCAUACGGUUUAAGUGUAUUUUGUAUACGAGUAUCCUGUGCUAUAUAAUUCUGAUAUUAGUUAUGCUAAAUGAGCUCGAUUGAAAUAUAAUUUCUAUAUAAACAUACAAAUAGGUGUUUAUUGUUUAAUGAACUAAACGAACCUUGCGAAAAUUCGCAUCACUUUCUGUCAAUAAUAAUAAUAAUAAUAAAAAUAACAAUGUCGUAGCCAAAGCCA